AAGAGGAUCACGGUGGUUUGAUGCAAUGAAGGUGGAUAGUUUCAUCUGAAGAACAGCUGGUACUGAAAGAAAGAUAAGUGGAACCGGGAGGAGUUUCCUGUCUCUCCAAGCCAAUCAGGCUGAGCGGAAACAGGUCAGGUAGCCGAAGUGGACCUCAGAGGGACCGCAGGCAGGGCAGAGCAGCCACGCACACCAGGAGGUCAGUGGACUUAACGGGGGGAUUAUGUCCAAACCUUCGUCCAACGUCAAGGCCCUUCAGGCUAAUUUGAACAUCCCGAUGGGAGCUUUGCGUCCUGGGGCGGGACAUCCUGUCAAGAGGAGAGAGGAGACAGUAGAAGCAGAGGAGGCUCAUUCACCAGAUCAACCCAGUGCAGCAGCGCAGACGCCGGAGGAGAAGAAGGCGUUGCCGGGUGCGGUAAAACUGCCCGGGCCUGCUGUCAACCUAUCAGAGCUGCAGAACGUCAAGAGCGAACUACGAUGGGUAACCAAGGAUUAACAUGACCCUGCAGCCAGCCAGGCAGAGAGGAAAGCAGAUAAUCUUCAUAGACACAGACUUGCCCACUGCCACUGAAGACUAGCAAACUACAAGCUAAUCCCAGCAUGUUCGGAGACUCAAACGGCUUUCUAUGAAGCCAGUGUCUGCAGGAAAUGUCCAACAUUUAACUUCUACUACCACCAAGAAGCAGGCAUCCAUAAACUCUCUGUCAAUCAGUGCUCUAAAAGGUUUAAAUACAAAAAUGUUUAUUUGUUAUGUGGGUUUUGUCACUAAAUCCAAAUCUAAAUCAAAAAAAUUUGUACAAAAAAAAAAAAGUAUUGUAAAGAUGAUGAACUUUUGCUGCAGCUAAGACUCCUCUUUACUUGGGACGAUUAGAAGUAUGUGAGUUGUAUUGCAUUAAAGGGAUAGUCGAUGCUUUGGUGACAAUCAACUGUGAUUCCCCUUCUCACUUUGUGAUGACCAACUCUCUUCCAUACUGUCAAAACUCCAGCUAUUCAACACUGAUUUAUACUGAAGCUUUCUGUUAAAUUAUUCCUUUCUGAGUGUUGUUCACAAUUUGGGGGAUUUAAGUUCAUUUGUGUUACUUUUUAGGGGGAAAUGUUAUUGUUUAAUGGUUAUGAUGAUGGAAAUCUUCAGGAAAAUGCUGCAAUAAAUCAAGAUGGUUCUAAAGGUU